AAAAGCCAGCUGCCCAAGCGUUUUCCAGCGGGAGCUGUGCGGCUCCUUACCAUGGGGACAAUUCAUCUCUUUCGAAAAUCACAAAGAUCUUUUGUUGGCAAGUUAUUACAGGAAUUCAGACUUGUUGCAGCUGACCGAAGGUCCUGGAAGAUACUGCUCUUUGGUGCAAUAAACUUAACAUGCACUGGCUUCCUGCUUAUGUGGUGCAGUUCCACUAACAGUAUAGCUUUAACUGCCUAUACUUACCUGACCAUUUUUGAUCUAUUUAGUUUAAUGACGUGUUUAAUAAGUUACUGGGUAAUGAUGAGGAAACCUAGCCCUGUCUAUUCAUUUGGGUUUGAAAGAUUAGAAGUCCUGGCUGUCUUUGCCUCUACAGUCUUGGCACAGUUGGGAGCUCUCUUUAUAUUAAAAGAAAGUGCAGAACGCUUUUUGGAGCAGCCCGAGAUACACACGGGAAGAUUGCUAGUCGGUACUUUUGUGGCUCUUUCUUUCAACCUGUUCACGAUGCUCUCUAUUCGGAAUAAACCUUUUGCUUAUGUCUCUGAAGCUGCUAGUACGAGUUGGCUUCAGGAGCAUGUCGCGGACCUGAGUCGCAGCGUGUGUGGAAUUAUCCCAGGGCUGAGCAGUAUCUUCCUUCCCCGAAUGAAUCCGUUUGUCUUGAUUGACCUUGCCGGAGCGUUUGCUCUUUGUAUUACAUAUAUGCUAAUUGAAAUUAAUAAUUACUUUGCUGUAGACACUGCCUCUGCCAUCGCCAUUGCCCUGAUGACGUUCGGCACUAUGUACCCCAUGAGUGUAUACAGCGGGAAAGUGCUACUUCAGACAACACCACCUCAUGUUAUAGGUCAGUUGGACAAACUUAUCAGAGAGGUGUCGACCUUGGAUGGAGUUUUGGAAGUCCGAAACGAGCAUUUUUGGACCCUAGGUUUUGGCUCAUUGGCGGGAUCAGUGCACGUGAGAAUUCGACGGGAUGCAAACGAACAAAUGGUCCUUGCUCAUGUGACCAACAGGCUGUACACUCUAGUGUCUACUCUGACUGUUCAGAUUUUCAAGGAUGACUGGACAAGGCCUGCCGUACUGUCCGGGCCUGUGGCAGCGAAUGUCCUGCAUUUUUCAGAUCAUCACGUAAUCCCAAUGCCUCCUUUAAAGGGCCCUGAUGAGUCGAACCCUGUCACAUCGACUCCAACUAAACCUAGUAGUCCGCCUCCAGAAUUUUCAUUUAACACCCCUGGGAAAAAUGUGAGCCCGGUUAUUCUUCUAAACACACAAACAAGACCUUACGGUUUGGGUCUCAAUCACGGACACGUACCUUAUAGCAGCAUGCUUAAUCAAGGACUUGGAGUUCCAGGGAUUGGAGCGACCCAAGGAUUCAGGACUGGUGUUACAAAUAUACCAAGUAGAUACGGGACUAACAACAGAAUCGGACAACCAAGACCAUGAUGCACUGUAAUUUAAUUUAUUAUAUGAGGGAUAUUGACUUCUUGACUUCCAGUUUAUUUAGUAAUCCAACCUUGCAUUGACUGUUCAAUCAUUUAUUGUAAAUGUAACAGAAUAGUAGUCUAGUUCAUGUUAUAUGAAACCGAUGAAAUUAUAUUUUUGUAAAUGUAUUUAGGACACUGAGAACCUUUAAAUGCUGUAGGCUUUAAAUAGGCUUUAAAGUGUAUUUCUCUAAAUUUGCGUUUUGCUGUCUUUGGUUUUGUGAUUGACUACGGAGUGGUAGGAGGUUAUCUUGGCAAGAGAGCCACGUGAGUGGGUCCACUGCGUUAUUAAAGAUACAGUCUUUUCCAUGAGAUGUAUAAACCUGCUUCUUGAGUAAUGACACACAUUCUAGGAAAGAAAAAACAUGGCCGUGCUAAAAGUAAAAGUCUCUUUUAUAGCUUUUCCAAACUUAACUGCUACAUUUUCCUUUGAGGUCCUGAAUCAUGUCAAGCAAAAAAUUUUAUCAGAAAAUUUGGAACAUAUUCUACUACCUGGUUUUGUUCUGUACACCUGUGAAUAGUCUGUGGUUCUUAAAGUUGCAUAAUCAAUUUUAGUUUAUGUUAAAUAAUUUUACCAAAAGAUGAUGGAUGUUAGGUUGUAGAAUACAAUAUUUUCAGAUCUGCUACAGGCAGUUUCUGUUUACUGUUUUGCUUUGUCAAACAUAGUGAAUUGUUAACUGUGAUGAGUGUGAGAAUUAUGUAGAUAAUCUUAUUUUUUUUAUUAUUUCCCAAGUGCACAUGUUAAAGACUUUCUAACAUGGCCAGUAUUUCUAAUUAAAAAUAUAACAAGUGGCAGUU